UUUUGCAGUCCGAACCCUUGGCAGUGACAAACAGUUUCCCCUACCGCUGUGUUUCGCGUCAGCUCUCGUAUCAAAAAGCCUCCAAAAAAUCCGCUGUCUUUAUCUCCCUCGCCCACUCCGAUCAAUUGUGAACCCCUCCCCUUUGGAGGUCUGGCCAACGCAAAUCCCAAAAUCGGCAGGUGUGUUCCUGUGCUCACGUGACGUCACAGACCCGACGCGCAGUAAUACACGGCAUCCUCGGUUUCUCAAGCGGUUGUUCGAUACCCCUCCGCACUCCUUUGCAGUCCCCUUCCCCUCCCCCCCCACGCCCCUCUCCUGCUUUUGAGCGACUCUACAAAAAAAAACCACUUGAUUCUCCGGGAACGCUGUCCCGUACGUGUGUAAAUCCCUCAGUAUCUCUGUGUUAGUGGAUUCUGCGCCCGACCGGUGGAACUGCUUUCGAUUGUUGGCGGGCCGCGCCAUCUUGCUUUCAGUGAGCCAGCGAGCGGCAGUCAGAGAAGCUGUCCGUUGUAAUCCACAUUCGACAAACCGUUUUAAGGGACACACGUAAGCCCCUCCCCACCUAAACUCAAAACUCAUAACUCCAAAAAAAAAGAUAAAACAAACAUCCAACAAUAAGAAAUAAAAAAAAAGAAAUCUCCCAUUGCAUUCAGUUGAACCCAAAAAAUUGCCAUUGAAUUAUCCUCCUCAAUUUAUCAAGUGAAAUCUCAUAAAUAAAUUAAAGUCACGUUUCUUCUGCGGAGUAUUGAGUCGACGAGUUUAUUCAAUAAUUCUGGAAUAAAGUGAUUUACUGAUAUUUGAGUUUGUAUCGAGAAUUUGACGAGUUUAUCUAACCGAAAGCUUUUAUUUCAAUCAACGAUUAAUAUCGAGCCAGGAUGUCAGAGCGGGAGGACAACGUCUACAAGGCGAAGCUUGCCGAGCAGGCCGAGCGCUACGAUGAGAUGGUCGAGGCGAUGAAGAAGGUAGCAUCCUUGGACGUAGAGUUGACCGUUGAAGAAAGGAAUUUACUCUCAGUUGCAUACAAAAAUGUCAUCGGAGCCAGAAGAGCAUCAUGGCGAAUAAUAUCCAGUAUCGAGCAGAAGGAGGAGAACAAGGGUGCUGAGGAUAAACUCGAGAUGAUACGCCAGUACAGAUCUCAAGUUGAGAAGGAACUCAGGGACAUUUGUGCCGACAUACUUGAUGUACUUGACAAGCAUCUGAUUCCCUGUGCAUCCACGGGUGAAUCCAAAGUCUUCUAUUACAAAAUGAAAGGUGAUUAUCACCGUUACCUAGCCGAGUUUGCAAUUGGCACAGACAGGAAAGAAGCAGCUGAGAAAUCCUUAAUAGCAUACAAAGAAGCCAGUGAAAUUGCAAUGACAGAAUUACCACCAACUCAUCCAAUUCGUCUAGGUUUAGCCCUUAACUUUUCUGUAUUUUAUUACGAAAUACUCAAUAGUCCAGACCGAGCGUGUCGCUUAGCGAAGGCAGCCUUCGAUGAUGCUAUUGCCGAGUUGGAUACAUUAUCUGAGGAGAGUUAUAAAGAUUCAACCCUAAUUAUGCAAUUACUCAGGGACAACCUUACUCUGUGGACAUCUGAUAUGCAGGGUGAUGGUGAAGGUGAACAAAAAGAACCAGCGCAGGAUGCGGAAGAUCAGGAUGUAUCGUAACUCUAGUUUCAGUGAGUGUUAAUUGCGCAUACAAUUGAGACACGAGAGGAAAAGAAGAAAAUAACAAACAAAAAAACUCUUAAUAACUUUUAAGCAAGAAAUAAAGUAAAUAAAGAAUUAAAAAACCAAUAAAAAAAAUUCAAAAAACAAAAAAUGGAUGUGGGAGGUCGGGCAAAUUGAGAUAAUUGAGGUGGAAAGCCAGAGGGAGGAGAGAACAAUUCUAGAUACGAAUGCUAAAUAAAUAAUGGAUUAGAGAGGGCAGAGGUAUCUUUGGCGAUUGCGUAGAAAAGUAUGAUGAAUAAAAUCUCGUUUGUAAAAUGAUUCACAUUCAGGCAAACGGGUAAGUCAGUAUUUUUUUUUCUUCGUUUUGUCUUAUGGAAAAUGAAUUAAGUAAAAUUAAUGAGGCACAUUGAAAAUUAUUCAAUCAUGAAAUAACUCUCAAUGUUGAUAAAACGAUACUGGUGAUUUUUUAAUGAAUUAUUUCGUUAGCAUUGACAGUUCAUCUAUUAUAGUUCAUGAGAUUCAAGUACUCUCCCUUCGGUUAUUAUAUUCAUCAGUUUCAUCCCUUCCUCUCACUCACUCUCGAUAACACAAUCAAAUUUCUUUGAUGUUUAUCACAACUGAGGACGCAGUUGUUUUUCAAUCAAUGACAUUCUUGGUUGAAUGAUAAAACGUAAUGAGGAAAAUUUGUAAUUUUAUUGUUGAUGGAGAUGUGCUUGGGAAUGAAAUUAUUUGGGAGAGGAAAUGACUGGAUAUAUCCUUCUAAAUUGGUUAUUUUUCAAGACAAAUGAACUUUCAUUUUUAAGACCAGUUGCAUGUGACUUUUUAAAAAUUGUGCAUUUAUUCUCCUCAGUGGUUUUAUAGAAAAUUUUGCGAGGCCAUUGUCUACAUGUUUUCUUUUCAAAAUCCACUGCCUAUCAAGAUUGUAAUGCAUAUAACAAAAUGAGAAAAAUCGAGUUGUUUUUUUUUUAUCAUAACGUUUUACCACUUGACUCCUGCACUUGAUUCCAACAUACAUUGAAAACCAAAAUUCAUCGUGAAAAUAUCAAGAAAAGCAGAGGCACAAAAACCAUUAACAAGAAUUUAAUCGAGAGAAAGAAAAAAAAAUUGAGGAAAAAAUUCAAGUAAGAAUGUAGUUUAAGGAUCUCGAAGAAAAAACCCAUUGCAAUAAAUAAACAAUCUCGUCGGUAUUCGUUAGCUUAGCACCUGUAAUCAAUGAAAAAGAAGUCAUGAGAAUUAAUAAAAACGUAAGAUUAAAUAGAGCUUGCUACGGGGCAAUCUCUCCGUUUAACCACGUCUGCCUGAUUACGGAGAAAUUGAAAUUAAUGAAUUUGUGAAUAAUUCAUUGAAAAGGGUUUAUUUAAUUACUUAGAACCAAGAUUUCAACUAAAGAAAACAAAAAUGAAAACAGUUUUAAAUAAAUAAACAAGAAAAUUAAAGACUAGUUGAACCGGUUUUUUGUCCCUUAUUUACCGAUGGAAAUUUAUAUCAUUUUCCUUGCUUUUAUUAUAAAUCAAAUGUAUAAAAUAUUAAACAAUUGUCUCUUCUACUCUUUGUAUGAGAAAGUUGAUAUUUUUAUUUUUUUUUCUUCUUCGUAAUUGAAAAAACGUUAAUUUUACCUAAAAGCAUAAAAAUCUCAGUUUUCCCAUCCCAACAAUUAUUUUAUCACUUCCGACUGUCAUGUAGAUUUGACUAUUGAAAAAAAAUUUGAAUGGGAGUAUGAUAAUGAGGUCAUCGAUCGAAAUAUUUUUGAGUCUGAGAGAUCGAUCGACAUGUUUAUUAAAAGAUUUCAUAGAAAUGUCGAAUUUUCCCUUGGACUUGAAAAUAUAAUAUAAUACUCAAAAACACAUGAACUUGCGUUUUUUUCAUCGUUAUCUCCUCCUCCCCUUGUUCUUGCCUCAAUAAAAAGAUUAUAACUCAUGCGCGCAAAAUAAAUCAUUCAUUCUGCAUUCAGAUUUAUAAAAAAAUUGAAUUCAUGACAAAUAUCAGUGUUUUUUAAUCAUGUCUUUCUCUGUUAAGAAAUUGAUACUGAUUUGUUCGCCCAUUACUUAUCAAUCAAAAUUUUGAUCAUUUACUUUUCAUUGAUUAUAAAACAAAUGUAUGAAAUAUAUAAUUUUUUAAUUGACUUUAUGCGUGAAAAAAACUCCUCAUUAUUUUAUUAUUUAUUCUUCGCAAUUGAAAAAAUGUAAAUCAUUUUUCAUAUGAUUAUUAAAAUCCCGAUUUUUUUUAUUAGAAAAAUUAUUUUAUUACUUUUUAUUACUUCCGAACGGCAUUCAGGUUCAAUUAUUAGGGAAAUUUGAAAGAGAGUUUGAUAAUAAAGCGAUUCGACCAAAAGGUUUUUGGAAAUAUCUUUGAAUAUGAGACAUACAUCGGCAUUUUUGUGUAAAAAAUUCCUACGGCAAUGUCGAUUUUUUCAAUAGACUUGCGUAUAUCCACAAAAAACAUGAAGCUGAAUGCACUUGGUGUCAACCACCUUUGAAUUAAAAACUGACGUUACAUUUUCUAUCAUUUCUUUCUUAUUUUCCUUCUUUUUGCCAUUUUCCAAAUGAACAAAAGUAGCAAUUCUAUACCUAAAUUAUUCUCCAAUUGUUGUCAUCACAAAUUUCGAUAUCUGUUGACUAAUAAAUUCACGGACACAUUAAUCUUUUCUCGAAAAAGUUGGUUAUUGUCCAUUUUGAGAGUUUUUUUAAUACAAAACCCAUUAGUUUGAUAUAUACUUCCUUUGCGUCUUUGCAAUCGAUCUCCAAUUACAUUUAAACGAAAACAUGGAAAAAUGCAAUAAAAUUGUUACAUAAAAACUACCAAAAAAUGCGAAAAAAACAUUAAAAUAUAUCUUUUGUGUAGUAACUAAGUCAAUGUUUCCGUCUUCUAGAGAGAAUUUAGUGCGAUAGUCCAUGUAAAGAUCCUACUCAUAAAAGAAACACCAAAUUUCAGAAUCAUAAUAUUGCUAAUAAAAAAUUUGAUUUGUCACUGA